AUGAUUUUAAAUUUGAUAAAAUUUGAUAUUAUUUCUGGUCUUUUUGGUUUUGUUAUUGGAUUUUUAUCAUUAUGGAUAUUUUUUGAAUGGUGUCAACGUCGAAAUAAAAAACUCAACUUAGAUUCAAUAAUAUCAACAAUAAAAUAUACUGAAUCUUUACAUUGGAAUCCACUAGAAGAACGACGUGGUUUAGGUGAUCUUAUCAUAAAAGUGAAUCAUAUAGCAAUAACUGUGUCAGAUGUUGGUAGAUCACUUAGUUUUUAUGUAGAUAUAUUAGGAUUUCAACAAAUUCGUCGACCGUCAUUCCAACGUCAUGGUGCUUGGUUAACCAUGGGUAAUAUUGAACUUCAUUUAAUAAAAGGUAUACCUACUAUACCACCUGUGGAUAAUAUUCAAGUUGGACAUAUAGCAUUCGAAACAUUACAUGUUGAUAAAGUUGUUAAGAAAUUACGUGAAUUAAAUAUUGAUGUUCGUCAAAGUGUAUUAAAAGCUAAUACAUAUAAAUCGAAAUCUAAAAAAAAACUACGUAUUAAUCAAUAUUUUUUUAAUGAUCCAGAUGGAUAUUAUUUAGAAUUAUGUAAUUGUCAUCUUCUUACAGAAUUUUCAUUGAACAAAUAUGAUCCUAAUGAUGAUAUUGAAUAUAAUGAAGGAAUUGCAUAUAAAAAAAUCUUUACUGUUACUCAAGCUGCUUCACAUUGGAAACAAAAAGCUGAAAAAUAUUCUGCUCAAAAUUUUGAUGAUUUGAUAAAAGAAAUACCUCGAGCCAAUGAAGUCGAUGAAGAAAAAUUCAAAAAUCUUGUUAAACGACGUUCAGUAUAUGGGGAUCUAAUGCAAGGAUUUACUGUUGAAGAUAUAAAAGACGCUUUACUGCAAUCCAAUAAUAUUGUUCCAUUAGCAGUUAAAAUUUUAACUCGAAAACGUGGCGAUAAAAACUUUUUUCAACCAUCUUCAUUCAUCAAAAACGGAGAGCUAGUCGAGCCUCCACCGUUUAUUAUGGACACAAAGCAUUUUAACUAA